UAGUUAUAACGAUACGCGGCGCUGGGGAAGACCUCCUGUCACUCCUGUCGCCUGUUGCUGUGAAAAUCAAGCGACAGUAAAUAAAAAUACAAAAAUAGUAUAUAUGACUGUACAUGCAACAUGCAACAUGCAUACUACACAACUGUCAGAAAUUAACAUAGCUAAUCUCCUAUCAGCAUAAAUAUUAAGUAAUAACUGAGAGAUUACUAAUAUUCUUCAAUGAGUACUUGAUGGAGUAAGUACCAAAGUUUACAACAAGAAAAUAAAUGUCCAGUUUACAAUUACAAGCAACGUAGAAACAUAUGUUAUUAAAAUAACAAUUUUAUAUUAUAAAUCUUGAAGAUUUUAUUAAUUUUUAUAAAUUAUGGGUUAUCCAAUUGCAUGUUUGACUAGACGAGAAACAAUUUCAACCUGUCAUCGACUCCACAGUCCUCACUUGAGUGAUGAAGAAAACGCAGAAAUUUACGGUAAAUGCAAUAAUUAUUGGGGACAUGGCCACAAUUACACUGUUGAAGUAACUGUGCGUGGUUCAAUAGAUCCUAAAACUGGAAUGGUUAUGAAUAUUUCCGAAUUAAAAGAGCACAUGCAUAAAGUGUUAAUGGAUCGAUUAGAUCACAAAAAUUUAGACAAAGAUGUUCCAUACUUUAAGAAUGUUGUGUCGACAACAGAAAAUUUGGCUGUUUAUAUUUUUGAUGAAAUAAAAAAAUUAAUGCGUGACCCAUCAUUGCUUCACAAGGUUAAAAUAUGGGAAACUGAGAAGAAUAUAGUGACUUAUUCUGGAGAUUUAUUAUAGACCAGAUAAAUAAUACCAAUUGUUUAUACAUAGAUAGAUAGAUAGAUAGAUAGAUAGAUAAUAAUUUUAUUGGAUUCUGGAGCCUAGGCUCCCUCAGAACCAUCAUCAAAUAUACAUUUACAAUUAGUGUAUGAAGUACAGAGUUUUAGAUACAUAAAAAUAAAAUCAAAAUAAAUAUAGUAAUUAACAGUAAUAACAUGUUAAUCAUGCUUAUAAAUAAUACUUGUGUUAUACAAAGCUCAACAACCUUCAAUAGCAGUAAUAAACGUUCAAUAUAGCAGA